AUGAGCCGAAGCGACAUGACUACCCACGGCUACGUCGCGGGCUAUUAUAUCGACGACCUCGACAGUCUUGAUGUCGAAGAGCAGUAUCGCCUGCUGUACGACUUGCCAGAUGGUCGCUUCGUCGCGCCGCAAGUUAAGCGACGCAUGUUCUACAAAGGCGAGACCGCAUCGCAAGCUCUGGAGCACGUGCGCCGGUUCAUAUCUGCACCGUUCAGCGCCAAUUCGCUGUCGCCAAGCUUGUACGAUGCGCCGAGCUUGAUCGAUGAGGACCGGUGGCAUGAGGCUCGAGCGAAGUUGAGGAGAGAGGGUGCGUCGUAA